AUGGUGAGACAAUGUCAGGGCUGUCAAAUGCAGCAGAAAAUGCCCGAAAAAGUUCAACUUCACCCAUGGGAAAAUGCGCGUUCUAAUUUUGAACGCGUUCAUGUAGACUUUGUAGGUCCAUUUCAAGGUCAUAUGUUCCUAGUAAUAGUUUGUGCUCGAAGCAAAUGGGCUGAAAUAGAGGAUAUGGGAAAUUGUACGUCUGCCGAAAAAACAGUCAAUGUAUUAAGGACCAUAUUUAGUCGUUAUGGUAUACCAAAACAAUUGGUAAGCGAUAAUGGUGUACAAUUUACAUCAGAUUUAUUUGCGCAAUUUAUGAAAAAUAACGGUAUUUUUCAUAUAAGAACCGCAGUUGCUAAACCCUCCACAAAUGGUUUAGUGGAACGUUUGAACGGCACUUUUAAGUCAAGAAUUCGAGCAAUGAAAUUUGAUAAAGGAGACCUAAAUCUAAAGUUGGCAAAUUUCUUGUUAACAUAUCACAAUUCUGUACAUCAAAGCACACAAAAAAGUUCUGCGAUGAUGUUUAUGGGCAGGAUUUUGCGAAGCAAGUUAGACUUAUUAAAACCGGAUACAGACGGUAAUGUCGAAAAACAAAGAAUGAAACUCGCAACAUCGGAAUCGCGAAAUUUCCGUGAGUUUAAAGAAGGAGACUCAAUAAUAGCGCGAGACUAUAGGCCUACUUCAACCGAAAAAUGGUUAUCGGGUACAUUUUUAUCCCGCGAGGGACCUCUCAUGUAUAAAAUUGAUAUCGGUAACAAUCAAGUCUGGAGAAGGCAUGUUGACCAGCUACGGAAAUCAGAAAUGAAUAAUGAGCUUCCUCGCCGAGAAAGUUCACCGUUAAACAUGAUCCCGCUUAAUUUGUCAGAAAUGCCAGUUAUGACCGAGAGAAAUGACCCUUUGUUAGUAACUGGUAAUCCUGAGAAAAUGCCAUCAUUAAAUGAAAAUAAAAGAUCAGAUCAAAUGUUAAUGGAACGAAGAUACCCAUUGAGAGAACGCAAACCACCUAAUCGUUUCUCAUACUGA